AUGGUCAAUCUUACAAAACUAGAGUUCACUGCCCUUCAAAGUUCGGGCAGGAACUACCUCUCAUGGGUGUUGGAUGCUGAAAUCCACCUUGAUGCAAUGGGUCUUGGAGACACCAUAAAAGAAGAAGAUAAGGCAUCAAAUCAGAACUGUGCACGAGCAAUGAUAUUCUUGCGUCAUCAUCUUGACGAGAUUCUGAAAAUCAAAUAUCUGACAGUUCAGGAUCCACUUGUUUUGUGGAAAAACCUAAAAGAAAGAUUUGACCACUUGAAGAUGGUCAUACAUCCAAAGGCACGAUAUGAUUGGAUGCAUCUAAGGCUACAAGACUUUAAGUCUAUACAUGAGUAUAGUUCUGCCAUGUUCAGAAUCACUUCUCAAUUGAAAUUAUGUGGAGAAACGAAUCGACCUACUGGAUCUGAACCACUUCCUGAAGUGAAUGAGGCGUACGCCCACCAUGCUAGGCGUGGAAAAGGUCGCGGUCGUGGACGUGGACGUGGUCGUGGUCGUGAUUAUGGUCAAGAACGUAAUUCUAUUCCUGGCCUUAAUCAUUCAUCAUAUAAAAAGGAAAAAAAAGAAAGGAUGAGAAACGUGAAGCAACUAGGGAAGGUUGUUUUCGAUGUGGUGGAAGAGGUCGUUAUGCACGUAUUGUCGUACUCCCAAACACUUGGUUGA